GCGGCGGUAGCGGCGGCGGCGGCGGCGGCGCAGGGGCUGGGUACGCGCUGGGCGGCGAGAGCCUCAUGGCGGAGGAAGAGAGCGAUCAAGAGGCCGAACGCCUCGGAGAAGAGCUCGUGGCCAUUGUGGAGUCCCCCCCGGGCCCUGCGGGGCUCAGAGCUGCGGGCGACGGCAGAGGGGCCGCCGGCGUUAGCGGCUGUGGCGGCGGCGUCGGGAUCAGCAGCCGGGAUUACUGCCGACGCUUCUGUCAGGUGGUUGAAGAUUAUGCUGGACGAUGGCAGGUCCCUUUGCCACAGCUUCAGGUUCUUCAGACUGCACUUUGCUGUUUCACAUCAGCCAGUGCGUCCUUCCCAGAUGAAUGUGAGCACGUGCAGUAUGUUUUGAGUAGUCUUGCUGUGAGUUUCUUUGAGUUGCUCCUGUUCUUCGGAAGAGAUGAGUUUUAUGAAGAACCCUUAAAGGAUAUUCUUGGUUCAUUCCAGGAAUGCCAGAAUCACCUCCGCAGAUAUGGAAAUGUGAAUCUGGAACUGGUGACUCGAAUCAUUAGAGAUGGUGGCCCAUGGGAAGAUCCAGUGUUGCAAGCUGUUCUUAAAGCCCAACCGACAUCUCAGGAGAUAGUGAACAAAUACUUAAGUUCUGAAAAUCCACUGUUCUUUGAACUACGUGCCAGAUACCUAAUUGCCUGUGAACGCAUACCUGAAGCCAUGGCUCUUAUUAAAUCUUGUAUAAAUCACCCAGAAAUCGGUAAAGACUUGUACUUCCAUCAAGCACUCUUCACCUGUCUGUUUAUGUCACCUGUAGAAGAUCAGCUAUUCCGGGAGCAUUUGUUGAAAACUGACUGCAAGAGUGGAAUUGAUAUCAUCUGUAACACUGAAAAGGAAGGCAAGACUUUGCUAGCCUUACAACUCUGUGAAUCCUUUCUUAUUCCACAGCUCCAGAAUGGGGACAUGUACUACAUAUGGGAGUUGAUUUUCAUAUGGAGUAAACUACAGCUUAAAUCGAAUCCUUCGAAACAAGUGUUUGUAGAUCAAUGUUAUCAACUUUUAAGAACAGCAACUAAUGUGAGAGUCAUAUUUCCUUUCAUGAAAAUCAUUAAAGAUGAGGUUGAGGAAGAAGGUUUACAAAUUUGUGUUGAAAUAUGUGGUUGUGCCCUCCAGCUUGAUCUUCAUGAUGAUCCUGAAACUAAAUGUCUAAUUUAUAAGACAAUUGCACAUUUUUUGCCAAAUGAUCUAGAGAUCGUCAGGGUUUGUGCUCUCUCAGUAUUUUUUCUCGAGCGUUCCUUAGAGGCCUACCACACUGUUGAAGAGCUUUACAGACGUCCUGAUGAAGAGUAUAGUGAAGGUACAAGUACUGUUCAGAAUCGUGUUCGCUUUGAAUUACUUCCAAUUUUGAAAAAGGGAUUGUUUUUUGAUCCUGAGUUUUGGAACUUUGUAAUGAUUAAGAAAAACUGUGUGGCAUUACUGCGUGAUAAGUCAGCAGUGAGACUUCUGAAUGAAAAUACACUGGAGAAUUCUGCGGGUAGUCUAAAAAAGACAGUGGACCGGCAGAGUGUGGAUGAAGGGCUUGACACAGUCCCAGAACAGAGCCCUGGAGAGGCUGAUCUUGAUGAUGUGUCUGGAGUGCAGCCUAAAGGACAUGCUAAUGUGAAGAGAAGCCUCACUUCUCUUAACACUUCCAAAGUGGAUCACAGUGUCCCAAGGCAUCGGUGCAUGUUAUGUAACAAGGAAUUCCUCGGUGGCCACAUCGUAAGGCAUGCCCAGGCUCAUCAGAAAAAAGGCAGUUUUUCCUGUGUGAUCUGUGGUAGGAAAUUUAGAAACAGAGGACUUAUGCAGAAGCAUUUAAAGAACCAUGUUAAGAAGAUCCAGAGACAGCAGAUUGCUACAGCACAACAGGAUGAUCCAGAGGUCAUCACUCUGGAAGAAAUAAACUGUUCCAAAUCGUCCAUUUCUUUUGAAAAUGGAAAUUCAAAUACUAAGGGUUUAGAAAUAGAGACAUUGACUGUUCCCAGUGAUAGAAACAAAGAGGUCAUCCGUGAACACAUGGCUGAAUUCAUUAAAAUUCCCAUUGGUAUACCAGAGAAUGCUAUUGAAAAUGGCAGACCAGACACUUCUUUCAAUAAUAUUUCAGAGUCUUUACCUCAGUGUGAUGAUGACUAUGAAGAGGAAGAAAAUGAAGAUGAUUAUGAAGAUGAUUAUGACCUGAAUCAAGAAACAUCAGUACUUCAUAAAAUCAAUGGAACUGUGUGCCAUCCAAAAGAUGUAUAUGCUACAGACCAAGAAGGCAACUUCAAGUGCCCUGCUCUUGGCUGUGUAAGGAUAUUUAAAAGAAUUGGAUUUUUAAAUAUGCAUGCAAGGACUGUACAUCCAACUGAUUUAAAUGUGCGGCAAACAGUCAUGAAGUGGAGCAAAGGAAAAUGCAAAUUUUGCCAAAGGCAAUUUGAAGAUUCUCAACAUUUUAUAGAUCAUCUUAAUAGACACAGCUAUCCAAAUGUGUACUUUUGUUUGCAUUUUAAUUGCAACGAGUCAUUUAAGCUGCCAUUCCAGCUUGCUCAGCAUACAAAAAGUCACAGGAUAUUUCAAGCUCAGUGUAGUUUUCCAGAAUGCCACGAGCUUUUUGAAGAUCUUCCUCUGUUAUAUGAACAUGAGGCCCAGCAUUACUUAAGCAAAACACCAGAAUCAUCUGCACAACUGAGUGCAGCAUUUCCUAAUCAUCAGGAAAUAGACCCAUCUAGUAAUGAGAACCAAAUGAUUUAUCAGCCAGUUUCUACUAGUAAAUCAAGGAAAGAUUCUACAGAACCAAAGACAUGUAUAGACACUAUGGAAAAGAAAACAGACAGUUUAGUUCAGAAUGGAAAUGAACAUUCUGAUGAUACUGUUUCAAAUAUAAGCUUGAUAGACCAAAAGAUGCCUGCCAUAGAGCCAAAUCCUGAAAAUAGUCAUAGUACCAGUGACUUAGUCAAUGGACACAGUGAAAUAGAGCAAACACUGUUAGUUGCAUCAGAUCCUAAUCUGAAAACAGAUAGAAACAGGACAGAAAAUGGUUCUAUUUUACCAAAUGUUGUAUCACAAGAAAAUAGUGCCCUGUCAGUAUCUCAGGCACCAUCCAAACCAAAUCUUACAAGUGAACAUACUUCAUAUGGCUUAAUUUUAACAAAGCCAUAUGUCAGACCUUUGCCUCCCAGUUACCUUGAUGAACGAUACCUUAGUAUGCCAAAACGCAGAAAAUUUCUGACUGAUCGAGUAGAUUCCUGUUCUGAUCAAGAUAACAUUUGUAAAAAACCAGUAAAAAGAUUACGAUGUGGCAAAUGCCUGACCACCUACUGUAAUGCAGAAGCACUUGAGGCUCAUCUUGCACAAAAGAAAUGUCAGACACUCUUUGGAUUUGAUUCAGAUGAUGAAAGUGCCUGAUAAUGUCUCAGAUCUGUUGAUCAUGCAGUAGUGUU